AUGGAUACAUCUGAAAGAUUCGUUACGUUGCGCCGAUUGCCUAUUUUGAAUAUGGCACAAAGUACUACCUCUGCUGUAUCACCUGAAUUCUGUCAGGAAUGCGAUGAUCUACUCUAUGGAAACUGGAUAAAAACCCCUGAUAGCCAAAUGAGCGACGGCGCAGAGUACCAACACCACAAUUCCAUGCAAUCUCUCCUGGAGUGUUCAAGAAGAACUUCCUGUGCUAUUUGCAAGGAGCUUAGUUGGCCACAGACCCUCGAUUGUACGUCACCGGUGACCUUUACGGCGGACAUUGAUCACAACGGAGGAACAAUUCUUUUCUGGGCUGGUAGCCAUAAUUUCCACACCUUUAUCCUUUACCCAGAAACAGAUCUCUCCAACCUUAUCACUCCCAUUGGACUGGGAAGUCGAGCCAGGUUAUCUGAGACUGGUGGAACCUUCAUAGAAAAGAACCUACAGUCUUGCCAAAAGAAUCACAAUACGUGUCAAGCUUCGCGACUCAAGAGCACGCCACUUCCUAGUCGAUUGAAAGACGUGGGGACUACCCACACACCUUCUGUGAGAGUCAUCAACACAAAGGACAUAUCAAACAUACCCUACGCCACCCUUAGUCAUUGCUGGGGUGAUCUUAAGUUCGUUCAGCUUACUCAGGGCACUAUUCCAAAACUUCACCAUGGAAUCGAAACUGGAGAGCUGCCGACCACAUUUCAACACGCCGUUGAAGUAGUUCGCUCUCUUGGGUUGCGCAUCUACCAGCAUGCGCAUAUCAACAUUGCUGCUUCUAGUGCAAGGGACAGUAGCGGUGGUCUCUUCUUCGACCGUGAUACCAGCAACCCCAAGAGUCACAUUAGACAAGCCAUUAUAGUGACUCUGAGAUCUGCCAAGGACAAUGCUAGCAGUAGGGGCAUCCAACCUGGGAAAUAUUAUCUGGUAGAUCAACACCUAUGGGGAUCGGCUAUGGCAAACCCACUUAAUGCGAGAGCCUGGGUGAUGCAGGAGCGGCUGCUCUCGCGGCGUAUCGUUCACUUUACCCAGGAAAGGAUAUACUGGGAAUGCCUCGAAGAAAAGUCGUGUGAAGGACUUUCGAGUCUUUCAGGGAAUCUCAUUCGGCAGACGUCGACGCUCCUACUGCGAACCGAAGUCGACAUCAUGUACCUAAAGAAUAUUGUGCUUUCGGAGGCCACAGGCACAGGUUCCACGGACUGCUAUCAAAAAGUUUACGUUGCAUGGGACCAGCUAGUUGAGCAAUACUCAAAAUGCCACCUCACAAAGGAAGGAGACAAGUUGAUCGCAGUUCAUGGACUCAUCAACAGACUGAAGGACGCGAUUGACGACCGCUGCCACGCUGGCCACUGGGAGUCUCAAAUGCCUGCAUCACUGUGCUGGCAUGUUAAUUGGGGCGAUCCUGAUGCUUCAAAAGCCCCGUUCUACCAUCGUCGGCCGCAUGAAUGGUUAGCCCCUUCUUGGAGCUGGGCCGCGCUAAAAGUCCCAGUCUGCUGCAGGAUCCCUGUAGAUGGUAGCAGGCUUGUCGACGUCGUCACCAUCAAGACCUCAUGUCUUAGCAACGGGAAGCUGCAAUCUAGCCAGCUGCGUUUACGCGGGGCACUGUAUACAGCAGUGGUUGAGAAGGGAACCGGCUGUUGGAUAAGUGACUUUGAAGAGGGACACGAGCACAUUCUCAUUGAUGGAACUAGCCUGUGUGCGGAUGGCGUCUAUUUUGAUGACUCUCCUUCGGGAACCACGCAUUUUUUCAUCUUGCCAGUUGUUAAUAGAAGCGAAACCUUCGAUGAUUUCAGUUACCUCGUCUACUGUCUCAUGCUGGAGCCGGCAAGGACUGGGAGGGGGCUCUUUGUGCGAAAAGGGGUCGCGAUGGUGAGGUUGAAAGAGUCUUAUCGAAAGACAUUCUCCGGUCUUGCACCGGCCUCUUGCUGUGCAGUAGAGAGCAAGGGAUGGAACAUGAAUAUCAUUGACCUCCUCUAA